GAGUGAUCAUUUGGAAUGAACCUUCAGCCGCCAGGCCCAUCCACAAUUUCUUUGAACCUCCUCUGCUUUUUUCUGCUAGCAUGUUCAAACACUCCUCCUCUUCAUGGCUUCUUCACUGAUCCAAAGGAACACUUUCUCCUUAAUGAACGAAUAGAGUAUCGCUGCCAAGAUGGCUUUACCACAUUGCAAGGGCUUGACGGAGGAUCUACAUCAUGCCAUUCAACUGGAUGGGUGCCAAAGCCAGAAUGUGUCAAAACAUGCUCAAAGCCAACAGAAGAGAAUGCUAGCUAUCAGUCAACUAAAUUGGUCUUCAGACCUAAGGAAGAACUUAUGUAUACAUGCAAUGAGGGGUUUCAAACCUUGCAAAAAGCCUCAGGUGCCAAGACCCUAUGCACAGAGAAUGGAUGGGAUCCAAAGCCAGCUUGUCAUUGGCACGUCAACCCUUGUCCACCACCUCCAGCCAGCAUUUUAAAUGGCACCUUGAUUAGUGAUUUUGCUGAACAAUAUCAACAUGGGCAUACAGUGGAAUAUGAGUGUGACAUCAAAUUUGCAAUGUCUGGAUCAAAUCGUAUUGUGUGCGUGGAUGGAAAUUGGACGUCUUUACCAACUUGCACAGAGAUAGAACAAACCUGUGGAAAACCUCCCAAUAUUACAAAUGGCCAUGCUGCCGGCAUCGACUCAGAGAAAUACUGGCACAGAGCAACUGUGCGAUACGAAUGCGACAACAAUCAUGUCAUUGUUGGGACCCAGCCAGCCAAAUGUCUCCGUGGAAAGUGGGAGUUGCCUUCAUGUCUUGGUAAGCUGCAGCACUACGGAAUCGGCGUAGUUCAGCACCUCCUGCUCCUCGAAGUCAGAGUCCGUCCCUCUAUCCUUGAAGGCUCCUUUGGGCCAAGGGUGGCCCAGGCCCCAGAGCCUCCAUCAAGCCACCACUUCUCCAGCUCAGAACUCUGCCCACCACCGCCCCAGCUUCCAAAUGCUGUCACCAUCGCUGAGAAGAGAAGCUACAAGAGUGGUGAGGAGAUAAGCUUCCUCUGUGCGGAGCAUUUCCUUCUUCAAGGGCCACAAAAAAUAAUGUGUGAAGGUGGAAAAUGGCAACCACCACCACACUGUCUCGGUUAGUAUU